GUUAUUUGUAUUCACUAGAGUUAAGUGUACUCUGAAUGUCACCAAAUAUCAGACGAGUGAGUGAAAUACUAAAAUUUUAUCAACUAACUGAACGCAUCUCUAUUCUUUCAAAAAUAAUAAUGGACUCCGUUUUACAAAAUAAAAACAAAUUUGUCCAGGCUUUAAUGUAAUGACGCAGUGAUUUAAAGAAGCUUGUUUACGCGUUUAUGAACUGGCCACGGUAUUCCUAGUGUUUCGUUGUGACCCCGAUUGGGACAUGUUGAAAUCCUUUGUUUGAUUGUGUAAAUAGUAAUAUUCUAAAUCUUCAAAAUGACUGAUUCGAGUUCUUUUUCUUCGCUAUUCGCUCUGGUGGACAGCCACUUGUCUAAGUGCAACUUGAAUGACUCUCCAAGUGAAGGUGCUCAAGUGGGAUCUAUGCCGAUACCGAUGUUCAAUGUACAGAGGGGAUUAUCAGAUACUGAGCUUGCGUCGCCACCACAAAGAUUGCCAAUUCCGAGCUUCAGUUUGAGUGAGAGCCCCAUCGUGAAUGUUCUGUCAGAGCAGCUUUCGAACAUGCUUAAAGCCAAAGAAUUGAAGAAGCAGCAAGAGAUUGAACAAGUGAAGAUAAAGGAAGAAAUUGAAAAGCUGAGACUAGAAGAGAAGAAUUGUGUGAUUGACCUGAUGAAGGCAGUUCAGAAGCCCGGCCAGAGCCAGCCCCGCCCGGAGGAGGUGCUCAGCAGCAGCAGCUCCUUUGAAUCACUAGUUAUAGACAAUUCAGAGUUUACUAUUGGUUCACCCAAAACCAAUACAGACGAAAUUGUUCUUAAACCUCCAGAACCAUUGCUGCCAAUUACAAAUGAUAUGUCUUACAUACUGAAGCAGAAAGUUAAAUCGGGCAAGUGCUCAGCUUUUGGCAAAGUGCUCACAGCACGCUUGAGGCCUGUUGCAGCGCCAUACUUGUGUGAAAAAAUUACAACAAACAUCAUUAGAUUUGACUUCAAAACUAAAUCACCCUGUGAUUUGAUUAAAGAGAAGUUAAAACGUAAGCCAACGCACAGUAUAAGUAACACUUAUCAUGACUUUUUCUGAUCCAUGGGUGUUGCUAUUGAUAGUGACAGUGACUCCGAUCAAUAGCAACAAUAAAAAUACAGUGAGUGCUGUCUGCAGUCACUUUGUCAAUAGCAAUGCUCAUUCAUUUAAUAUGAUCAGGACUAUUAAAGUAGAAAGUAAUGAUUAAGUUAGCUUCAACUCUACAAAUGGUGGUGUCAAACCAUUUUGUUUUAUAACUUGAUUAAAUUGUUAAUUUAAUAUUAUAGACACUUAAUAAAAUCUUAUGUCUACAAAUUAUUUUACACACUAUAAAUGUAAUCUUUUAUCUGAUAGUUUUUCGUAUAUAUGUAUAUUUGUAAAGAUAAAACUGUGCUUUGACCUAUUUGAUAUUUACCUCCAGAGAAAUAGACUGCAACAGCCACAUAUAGUUUGUAGCAACCAGAACAACAUUCCUGGCUGCAUGGUAACACUUUAGAUGUUUGCAGCUGGAGCAACUAUGUGCAAAAGUAUGGUGUUAUUGGUCGCCACUUACUUGUAAUAGCAGUUAGAUCGCUUGAGUGUAUAUUGUCCAUAGUGUUCUAUAACAGUCCAUACUCUCCGUCAUUGGUGCACUGCUCUCUCUGGCAGACUUGUGUAUGUGCAGUUUUUUAUAAGGGAUUUAAAAAUGUCAAUCCGUCUAUACAAGGUCUUACAUUUAUGAUGUAAAUUAAUAAUGAAGUAUGAAUUUUUAACAUUUUUAUAAAUUUAAUGCAUCGACAAAUAAUUAUAACGAUUGGAGCAAUGAAAUUUCAGAUGAUGAAAUUUUUUAAAUGUAAUUAAGUAAUUUCUAGAAUUAUUUAUGAAUCACUAUAAUAUAAUUAUAACUAAAAAUACCAAUUAGGUGUAAGUACUGUAUAAGUGUAUUUAUAAAACGAGGUUAUUAUUGCCACCAAACGAUAACUUCUACUGAAGGUAAAUUGUCAAUUUGACUUGUAAAUAAAACUUGAUGCUCUUUUUAA